GGUUCAGCCGCUCAGUAUCCAGAGGCCAAGGAGAGAAGCAGGGGUAACUGUCGGGUCCAAACUGGGGUUCCCGCUUCACCUCUGGAACAGAUACACGACCUCCUAACUUCUGUCCCCUAACCCCCAAACGCGCACCCCUGAAGUUCUGCGCUCUAGUUCAGCACACUCGCGAGUGGCACAGACACGCCUGGCGGCAGGUCCUUGCCCAGGGCGAUGCCUGCAAGAGCCCUGGAGGCUGGGUUCAGGAGGAGGGAUUAGGACCCAGCAGGGAGACAGGAAGGCUGCGGAGUUAGAACCGCCCGCCGCACCACGGGCGGAGGCUGCCUGGGCUCCACGCACACCUGCUGCUGCCGCUUUGCCGCGAUGAUCCGGGUGGUCUCACUGCUCCUGGGUGCCGCGCUCCUCUGCAGCCACGGAGCCUUCUGCCGCCGGGUGGUCAGCGGCCAAAAGGUGUGCUUUGCUGACUCGAAGCAUCCUUGCUACAAAAUGGCCUACUUCCAUGAACUGUCCAGCCGAGUGAGCUUUCAGGAGGCACGCCAGGCUUGUGAGAGUGAGGGAGGCAUGCUCCUCAGCCUUGAGAAUGAAGCAGAACAGAAGUUAAUAGAGAGCAUGCUGCAAAACCUGACAAAACCUGGGACAGGCAUUUCUGAUGGUGACUUCUGGAUAGGGCUUUGGAGAAAUGGAGAUGGUCAAACAUCUGGUGCCUGCCCAGAUCUCUACCAGUGGUCUGAUGGAAGCAGUUCCCAGUACCGAAACUGGUACACUGAUGAACCUUCCUGUGGAAGUGAAAAGUGUGUUGUGAUGUAUCAUCAACCAACUGCCAAUCCUGGCCUUGGAGGUCCUUACCUUUACCAAUGGAAUGAUGACAGGUGUAACAUGAAGCACAAUUAUAUCUGCAAAUAUGAACCAGAGAUUAAUCCAACAGAACCUGUAGAAAAGCCUUAUCUUACAAACCAACCAGGAGACACCCAUCAAAAUGUGGUUGUUACUGAAGCAGGCAUAAUUCCUAAUCUAAUUUAUGUUAUUAUACCAACGAUACCACUGCUUUUACUGAUAUUGGUUGCUUUUGGAACCUGCUGUUUCCAGAUGCUACAUAAAAGUAAAGGAAGAACAAAAACUAGCCCUAAUCAGUCUACCCUGUGGAUUUCAAAGAGUACCAGAAAGGAAAGUGGCAUGGAAGUAUAAUAAUAUAUUAACCUGCCUCCAGAAAACAAAAUUGUUUUAUAAUUCUGGAUCAGUAUAAGGAAUGGCAUCAGAACAUUAGCUUGGAAUGGCUUGAAAUCUCAAAGGAUCUGCAAGAUGAACUGUAAGCUCCCCCUUGAGGCAAAUAUUCAAACAACUUUUAUAUGUUUAUUAUUUCAUUUAUAAAAUAUGCUGUGCUAUAAUGGAGUGAGACAUGCUUAUUUUGCUAAAGGAUGCACCCAAACUUCAAGUAAAUGGAAUGGACCAUGCAGAUAAAAUUGCUAUCAACACAUCAAGAGUAUGUGUGUUGGAAGCAGUUAUUUUUAUUUUCUUUCACCUUUCAUAGGUUGUAAUCUAGUUAGAGUAAAGUAAAUUGUAUUGAAAUUUACAGUGUGUAAAAAUAUUUUACCUUUACAUAAGUGUUUGAUAAAAAUGGACUGUUCUAAUAUUUAUUUUUAUGGCAUUUCAUUUUUCAAUACAUGCUGUUUUGAUUAAAGAAGUGUAUCACUGUUGUUAACUAAAUUCACACAUACUCACACACACAAAUAUACUACCAUGGGGGUAAAAAAUUCUUUUCUAGAAAUUAAUCAUCUUCAUUUGGUUUUUCUGCUUUUGGUUGGACAAUGUUUAGGAAAUAUCUUCAGAAAGAAGCUGUUUUAUUAACUGUGGUAUAAAUCUCCUGAAACACUUUACCUAGAGGCAAGCAUUGUCUAUUUCAAUUGUGUAAGACAUGUGCCUUACAAUAAUUUUUAGUUUAAAAUUCAACAGAUUUUGUAAUAGAAUAACUUUACUAAUAGCUAUAUAAACAGUAAUGCAGUCAGUUGUGAACAAAAGAAGUGACAUACACAGUAUAAAUCAUAUGUCUUCACAUGUUGCCUAUAUAAUUGCAAGUAGCUCUCUGAGGGUUCUGGAAUCAAGGUGGUCCUUCCCUUCCCCACCAAACAAAGGUGGUUGUUUGGGGUUUGGGGUUGACGCGGGAGGCAGAUAGCUGCAGCAUUUGCCCUGGCUGAAUUUAGCCUCUCUAAGUAUAUGAAGAGGUCUUAGAGUUGGGACCAGGUGAAUGGUCACCAUCAAUAUGGAGCUAAGCACAGCACAUCAAGUUUUCAGGAUGGGAAAAGUACUACAAAUUAGGUGAAUGAGUGUCACAUGGAUAGGAAGUUAUUAGUGAUUGAAUAUUCAUUGAAGAGGGUUUGUUUGCGCUAGUAAACAGUGGCUCCUUUCUGUCUUCUAAUUUCUUCGAUGCUUAUAACUUGUUCUUCUCAAGAUAGAGUUGUUAACUAUUUGGUCUUCAGAUGUCCCUGUGCUCCUUUUAACCAAAUAAAGAAUCCUUGUUUCUGAAGAA